GAAGGGUUCAUCUUCGGGUCCAUCACACAAGCGCCAGGAUCCUGCUGAUGAGUCGGGCUCACCGUCCUCGAGUUGGACCGAACAGUUCCCCCCCAAAUUGUCGGGGGAGAAGGUGAUCUCUCUUCAGAAAACAUUCCAUGCUCGGUACCCGGGAGAAGUUUUGGAUCCGGAGAACUUUCCUUCUUCGCGGCUGCUGGCCUACGCGGCCAAGGUGGUUCAGAAGGGGGAGCUCAGAUGGGUGCCUUGGAAAAUCCGAAUGUGCCAAUCUCAGCAAGACUCGCUGGCCAUGCGUCGCCCAACCAAAACCCCGAAGCUGGAAGACUUGCUCUAUGAUGAGGUCCCUCAACGGGAGAUCCCGUCGGGUCCGGUUGGCGCCAACUAUCUCUUGGGGAUCAUGGGUCUGCUCUCCACAUCACUUGCGAUGCUCAAUGGCGCCCACUUGUCCAUCCUUCGGAAGUUUGAGCGCAAGUUCAUCCGCUUGGCUACCCAAAAGCUGGAGGCAGGUCUUCGCAAUCCUUCGGGCGAGGAAAUCAUGAUGGCAGAUCGUCAACUAUGGUCGCAAAUCAGCGACUUGGUGAAUCUUCACAACUGGUCUUUGGACCAUGCCCUCACCGAGUUCACGGAUGUUCGGGGCGAUAUGGCAUCUUUGCUUCAGCCUCGGAUGGCUCCCUUGAAACGCAUUGACCCGCCGGCCCCACCUUUCCGUCCCGGCCGUGGUGGUAAGGGCAAGCAGAAGGGUGGUGGCAAGGGCAAGCAACAAUUCGGUGGUCAGGGCCGUCAAGGUCGGCUGCUCACUGACUCUUGGGAUCUUCGGAUGUUCGUACGGGCCGUCCUGAC